AUGCCCUCCAAACUAGAGCCAGGUCUCCUUCCUGCGACGGGUCUGGAUCACGAGGCCGAUCUUAACUGGCUACAGCCUUGGGAUCUCCCGAAUCUUGGCGUCACAGAGAUUGAUUCUCUCCUUCUUGAUGUGGCGCAGAUCGAUGAGCAGACGGCUUGGCACGCCGACGAGGUACAGACGUUCUUCGAUCUGGACGCCUGCGCGACUGCAGGAGACGCGUCAACGGGCGACCAAAACAACGCGCUCGGAGUUCGAGGCUCUCAGCUAUGCCCGACGCCAGAUCAAACUGCCCCAGGCGGUUCUCUGUCGACCUCGGCUAGCCCCGAAGACUGGUCUGUCGGUGGCUCUGAGGACACUCUCUCCGUUGAACCCGAGGCAGACAGCGAACGCAGCUUCGGCGCGGUCAACGGCGAGGAAGACCCAUUCUUCGACUAUCUAGACCACAUCAUCGGCGAUGAUACUCCCCUGGAGGUCAAGAAGACUCUGAUCGGAACGAUCGUUGAUAAAGUGAUUCCGUACCGUUUUAACGACGGUUCCCGAGCUUUCCCUCCCGUAGCGUUUUACGACAUGCUGCUUCAUAACGAGGCAGACUUAGACAUCAAGUACAUGGGUAGGGAUGCCGCAAUCUGGUUUGGCAAGAUGUCGACCGACAUUGCCGACCACUUUGUCGGGGUGAUCAUGGAACAAUACAAGAUAAUCAAGGCGGCCACUCCUUCGAGCCCUCAGCAGCCGGAAAGUCGCAAACAAAGCAAGCGCACUGGCAAGGCCAGCCGUCUGACCGAUCACCAAGACCCGCUGCUCAAGGCUGAGCUUCAGACCCCUCUGACCUUGGCUUACCGCGGUAUCGUUGACAGUGCGGAUCAGGCGGUGGCUUUGGGGAAGGCGUACGAACGUGUCUUCCGCCAGGAGUCGCCGAGCCGUGAAAACGAUCCUAGUUGGCCCACCACCGAGGACAGGCGUAGAGAGUACAUUCAGAAGAUGCACGACGCGAUUGUCGAUACGAGCUGCUUUCAAGAGAAAGCCGACGCACUUCGCAAGAAGGCGCAGUUGGAUGCGAAGCAUAUUGAAGACGAAAACAAAAAUGACCCGGGCCCAUCAUCGAAGCGGAAGCGCGGACAAGACGCUCCCAAGAAGAUUCCUGGGCUUUCCCAUGCCGACGCUGUCUAUGUGGACCCCAGCAGUAGCCCAGCAGACAUCCUUCGCGCAGCUGCUCGUUGCAACCUCACGAACAUUGAGAUUUCCGCGAUGGACAUCCAAGAAGGUUGGGAGCUCAAGCUCCGCUGGACAGGAGAGAGCUGCCCCAUGUGGGAGGCAUACGGAACCUUCGCUGAUCGCUGGGAGCAGAUGUGUUACAACAUGAAACUGAAAGUAAGUAACAAGCAGCUGAACAACACCAGAGACAUUCAGAAUCAGGCUGGCCGAGAGACUAUCAAGCGAAGAAAGCUUGAGGAGGAAGCCUCUGGCUGCGUUGGAGCAUAA